CCUGCCACUUCUCCCCCCUCUCCAGAUACUAAACCUUGACACCCUGCCUUCGAUAUCACACGCGUCUACACAGUAUCGUCUCCCGUUCCCCUCGAGGCCAACCACCAUGGCGGCCGACGUCAGCUAUACGGCGGCACGCAUUCUAUCCUCCGACAAUGCUCGAGACCCUGGCUUCGAUGACUUUUCGUUCAUGCCCUUUAUACGCAAGAGCUAUGGCUUCGGACUUGCCAGUGAUGUGCCGGUGUGCAAGGCCUACAGUGAAGGCCACUGUCCCCUGGGGCCCGCCUGCCCUGAUCGACAUCCCACCCCCUCGCGCGUCACCACGUCAACCACCACCGCCUCGGGCCUGGCCCCGUCGACCACCCACGGCUCGCUGGUCUGCAAACACUUUCUCAAGGGACUCUGCAAGAAGGGGGUGAAAUGCGAGUACCUCCACGAAUACAACCUGCGCCGCAUGCCGGAGUGCCAGUCCUUUUCGCGAUCCGGCUAUUGCCCCAACGGGGACGAUUGUCUGUACCAGCACGUGCGGGAGCAGGCCCGACUACCGCCCUGCGAACACUACGACCGGGGAUUCUGCGCGCUGGGGUCCUUGUGCGCCAAACGUCAUGUCCGCCGACGUCUAUGCCAGUACUACCUGGCUGGGUUCUGCCCCGAAGGCAAAGCCUGCGCGGAUGCUCACCCCCGGUGGUCGGAGAACCUGCCGCGGCCGCAGAUCCGAGUCGAGAAGACGGAGGAGGAGCUGGAACAUGAGCGCGCCUUGAUCCGGGAGGAACAGGAGAAGGAGAAGGAGCGCGAGCGCGAGUGGAGGAGCGAACGGGGCCGUGGAGGAGGGUUCAUGCGUGGCCGGUAUCGCGGCCGUGGACGCGGGUAAAUCCGCCGUUGACAUGAUUUGCAUUGGGUGUUGUGGUGUGUUCGUUUUGGGAUUUGAGCUUACAAAAUCGUCGAGAUACCCUGCUGAGGCAUACUACUAUGCUUGCUAUGCUUGUUUACGAAACUAGACAUAUUAUUGUUCCGUGUGAUUGUGCCUCGUGUAAGAGAGUGAGCUACAUUUUGUAGAUAGGACAAUGUGA